CUAAAAUAGAGUGAUACUAGCAAUACUAAGAGAUUAAAAGUGAUAGUGAGUGAUUAUGGCAACCGAAGGGGCAGCAGUUGCGACAACAGAAGCCACGGAUUUGGAGAAUCUGGUAACCAACUUAGAGAUUGCCAAUUCGACUCCGGGAAAUGAACAAGGAGCUGAUCCACCAGAGAAUACAGCCCUACCGGAUGAUGAUCCGGACAAUGUGUCACCAGCCGACGCAAGUUUGUUGCGCAAGAUUAUUCGGAAGGGUUUGGUAGAGUCGAAAUAUGAUUUGGAAAUUCAGCGGAAGGACCCAACGUCACCGUUGUAUUCGGUGAAGAGAUUUGAUGCAUUGCGGCUGAAACCCGAACUCCUCAAGGGGGUGUACGCAAUGGGCUUCAAUGCUCCGUCCAAGAUUCAGGAGACGGCUGUGCCAACACUCCUGGCGCAACCCCCACAAAAUCUCAUUGCGCAGAGCCAAUCGGGCACCGGGAAGACGGCUGCCUUUGUGCUGGCAAUGCUAAGUCGUGUUGACACGAGCGUUAAUCAUCCACAGGUGCUCUGCCUGUCGCCAACGUACGAAUUGGCCAUCCAGACGGGUGAGGUGGCUUCGAAGAUGGCAGCUUUCUGCCCAGAUAUUAAGCUACAAUUCGCCGUGCGUGGUGAAGAGAUUGCCCGCAACACAAAGCUCACGUGUCACAUAAUUAUCGGCACACCGGGAAAGAUUCUCGACUGGGGCGUAAAAUUCCGGGCAUUUGAUCUUAAGAAGAUUCGAGUUUUUGUACUGGACGAGGCGGAUGUUAUGAUUGCCACUCAGGGACACCAGGAUCAGUGUAUCAGGAUUCACAAGCACCUCCCCAAGGAUUGCCAGAUGAUGUUCUUCUCAGCCACAUACGAGCCACAAGUGAUGGAAUUUGCGGAAUACAUUGUGGAGAAUCCGAUGAUUAUCCGAUUGAGGCGUGAGCAGGAGUCUCUGGACAACAUAAAGCAGUACUACGUGAAAUGCCGCAAUCAAGAGGAGAAGUAUCAGGCUAUACAGAACAUCUACGGAGUCAUAACAGUCGGGCAAGCCAUCAUCUUCUGCCACACACGUAAGACUGCAUCGUGGUUGUCGAGCAAAAUGUCCAAGGAUGGGCAUUCAGUGGCUGUUCUUUCGGGAGAUUUGACUGUUGAACAACGCCUGUGCGUCCUCGACCGCUUCCGGAAUGGUCUAGAGAAGGUCCUCAUCACCACGAAUGUUCUCUCACGAGGAAUCGAUGUGGAGCAAGUAACGAUUGUGGUGAACUUUGAUAUGCCCAUGGACAAGAGUGGGGAUGCCGAUUGUGAGACCUACCUCCAUCGUAUUGGACGCACAGGGCGCUUCGGCAAGAACGGUAUUGCCAUCAAUCUGGUGGAUUCAGAUAAGAGUAUGGACAUCUGCAGGACGAUUGAGGCUCACUUCCGGAAGAGAAUCCAUCUUCUGGAUGCUGAGAAUGUUGAUGAAAUCGAAAAGAUUGGCUCCUAAUUGGAUGCCAAAUCGUUCCAAUAAUAUUUUUCUACUCUCCGGACAAUUCAACAAUUUCCUUUCUUUUUUUUAUUUAAAUUUAAAUGAGACUCCAUUGUUAACUUUACGAAAAAGUGACUAAAAAAAAGUGAAAUAUACAAAUUACUGAAGUUCUGACGGAACAAUUGAAA